AUGACUCGAACGUAUUCACUCCAGCAUACACUACCUCGAUUGCCUGUUCCUUCACUAAAGGAAUCAUGUGCCCUUUAUUUGCAGUCGUUGAAGCCACUAUUGACACCAGAACAAUUAGCACAGUCUGAAAAACAUGUAUCAGAUUUUUUAGCAAGCGAGUUGUCGCGUUCAUUGCAGCAGCGACUCAUUGAUAUUGACCUUGCAUCGCCAAACAACUGGCUUGAGGAUAAUUUCUGGUUACGGAAAGCAUAUCUCGAAUGGCGGGAUCCACUGAUGGUUAACAGUAAUUGGUACAUGUUGGGUCGAGACGAUGCAAAACAUCCCGAAGAACUAUUGGCCAAUAAUGGUGUACGACCUUUUGGACAAUUUACACAUUUUCAGGUGCACCGAGCAGCACACAUGAUAUACAGAGGUGUUGAAUACAAGGAAUUAUUGGAAGCGGAGGCGAUUCCAGUGGAUAUGAUCAAGGGACAAGCACAAUGCAUGUGGCAACAUAGUCGUAUAUUCACCAUCACACGUGUUCCUUUCUAUCAUUGUGACACUUUAAUCCAACAAGACAUUUCUACAUGUCGCCAUAUUGUUGUCCUUGCUCGCGAUCAAGUCUACAGAGUACCAAUAUACAAACAGCAAGGCCAGAGCUGGCAGCGUUUAACAGCUGAAGAGAUCGAACAACAUCUCUUGGCUAUUGUCUCGCAUUCCCUCCAACUCCAACAACCACAAAGCCCUAUCGGCGUGAUGACCGCAUGGGACAGAGACAACUGGGCCGUUGCACGCAAUCACCUUCUGGCCCUUGAUCCACAAAAUAAAGCAACUGCCGAUAUCAUCGAAACCAGUCUUUUUGCCAUCGCACUUGAUGACCACAGCUUUGGCGCAGACACUGCUUCUUGGACUCGAACUGCAUUCUGCGGCCAUCAAGGCUUGGGCAAUGGCCAUAAUCGAUGGUACGAUAAAUCGCUCACAUUCGUCUUUGAAAGUAAUGGUAAAUGCUAUUUGACUGGUGAACACUCGCCCUGCGACGCUUUGCUCGUCAGUUAUUUGUGGGACCAUAUGCUCGACGUACAUUGCACCGCACCCUUUGACGCCAGCAUAAUUAAACCAGCCUUCAACAACAUUCGAGUGCAACACUUAACAUGGCGUACGGAUGCGUUCAUUGAUCAGUGCCUUAGAGAUGCUCAAGCAUCAGCUGAUGCCACAGCAGCAUUUUCGGAUUCGUGCACUUGUUACUUUGACGAUUACGGAACGGACUGGGUAAAGAAGGUCGGCAAAGUUCCGCCAGACGCUUUUUAUCAAAUGGUGCUACAGCUCGCCUACUAUCGUCUACAUAAAAAAGUCGUGCCUACAUACGAGACGGGAUCGACUCGCAAGUAUUUGCGUGGACGGACGGAUACUAUCAGAACAUGCAGCGUUGAAAGCAAGGCAUUCGUGGAGGGAUGGUGCAACGAUGCUGUGGAUAUCAAGGCCAAGUACGAAUUACUAGUUAAGGCAACCUCAGCCCAUCGUAAAUACACACAAAUUGCCAGUGAGGGCAAAGCAUGCGACCGCCACUUGAUGGUUCUACGUCUAUUGAACGCAGACCACCAAAUACGCUCAACUACGACCGGAAAACUCGAAACUGCCCCUAUGCACGCCAUGUUCAAGGAUCCUAUCUUUCAAGAAUCCAUGACAUGGACACUCAGCACAUCUGGACUGCAAGCUGGUAUUCGAUUGAUGGGUACUGGUUUUGGUGCUGCUACACCAACAGGUUACGGUGUAAACUAUAUGGCAGCCCCAAUGCUUGUCAAGUUUGGCAUCGAGUGUAAACGCGUACCGGAAACUGUUACAGCACAAGAGUUCUCAGAUACGCUUCGAAAGGUCUUGCUAGAUAUGAAGGAUGUGUGUGAACAAGUUGGUGGACAGGCCGAGCAGCAACAGGCAAAGAUCUAG